AUGAAUUACGUCGUCUGGAAUUCGCGAGGGACGGGCUCAAAAACGUUUCCUAAUCUUAUCCGUGAAAUGAAGCAAAAUUAUCAGAUUAAUCUCUUAGCUUUGCUUGAAACUCGAUGCAGUGGCGACAAGGCUAAAAAUAUUGCAAAGAAGCUAGGCUUUAAUGAGUUUGACUGGAUUGAUGCGACUGGGUACAGUGGAGGAAUCUGGGUGCUCUGGGAUGCAAAUGUAGUUCAGGUUUCUAUCAUUGAGAAAAGGACUCAAUUUAUUCAUUUGACUGUUGAGAAUCAUAAGAAAGAGAAGUGGUGGCUUACGAUAGUAUACGCUAGUCCAAACAUAAAUAUGAGACGCUGCUUAUGGCAUGAGUUACGUCAGAUUGGUGCGACUAUCAAAGGAGCAUGGAGUGUGGUUGGAGAUUUUAACGCCACUUUAUUUCAUGAUGAGAGACAAACAAUGGCCAGGCAUGGAACUGGAGUGGAUCGAGACUUUCGAACAUGGUUUGAACAAGCUGAACUCAAUGAUGUAGGCUUCUUUAGACCCAUGUUCACUUGGAAACGAAAUAAUGUUGAGAGUCGUAUUGAUCGUGCUCUUACUAACAUAGCUGAUCGUAAAGACAAAACUAGCCGUCAUAGACCAUUUCGGUUCAUUGCUGCUUGGGUCCUCCAUGACGGUUUUGAAGAUUUCAUUACAAAUGCAUGGAAGAAUAAUUGUGAUUGGGUAACUCAAGUCAAAUCAUUCAGUGCUGACUGUAUAAGGUGGAAUAGAGAAGUGUUUGGCCAUACCGAGACCCGCAAACGAAAGCUAAUUCGCCGCUUGGAUGGUAUCACACAAGCCCUUACUAAUGGUAAAAAAUCAGAGCAUCUUGACAAACUCCAAUGUCAACUUUGGUCUGAGUUAGAAGAGGUGAUGCUUCAAGAAUACAUUAUUUGGGCUCAAAAAGCCAAAGUUAACUGGAUUCUUCACGGUGACAAGAAUACCUACUAUUUUCAUAGUGUUGCAAAUGGGAGAUGCAAAGCCAAUCGAGUGCAUGCUAUCCGUGACAAUGAAGGAGAAUGGGUUUAUGAUGAAGACCAAAUCAAAGUGAUGGCUACGGAAUUCCUAUCUAAACUCUUCACAGAAGAAGACGAUUGGAGACCAAGGCUCGAAUGUUAUAGAAAGUUCCCCUCUAUUGGUAAUGAUUUCCUAGCUGACCUUGGCAAGGAGGUAAAUGAUAUUGAAGUCAAAGAUGCUAUUGAUAGUAUGGGAGCUUUGAAGGCUCCAGGACCAGAUGGUUUAGGAGCAAUCUUCUUUCAGAGUCAGUGGAAGCAUGUGGGUACCUAUGUGACGCAGUUUGUGAAAUCGUUGUUCCUCAACCCGCAAGCUAUCAGCACAAUCAAUUCUACUUUGAUUGUUCUUAUUCCUAAGAAACAUCCACCAGAGAGCCUGAAAGAUCUUAGGCCUAUUAGUCUAUGCAAUGUGGUGUUUAAGGUUAUUACGAAGAUUAUCACAAUGCGGCUGAAGCCUCUUCUCCCUAACAUCAUUUCUCCUUAUCAAUGUAGUUUUGUUCCAGGACGACAUAGUUCAGACAACAUUAUCGUGGUCCAAGAAGUUAUCCAUUCUAUGAGGAAUAUGCGAGGGAAGCGCGGGUUUAUGGCAAUCAAAAUUGAUCUUGAAAAGGCAUAUGAUCGAGUAAACUGGGGUUUCUUAGACCAAUGUCUGGACGAAAUGCAAUUUCCAGAGCAUAUAAAGGCUGUCGUUAUGAAUUGUGUUACAUCGGCAUCCAUGCAGCUGAUUUGGAAUGGAAACAAAGCGGACAUCUUUAAGCCUACAAGGGGGGUUCGUCAAGGGGACCCAUUAUCACCAUACCUGUUUGUGAUUUGCCUUGAGAAAUUAGGCCACCUGAUUCUAGAAAAAAUGGAGGAGGGAAUAUGGAAGCCUAUCAGAUUAGGCAAAACUGGACCUCCCUUGUCGCAUCUGUGUUUCGCUGAUGAUAUCAUUAUUUUUGCAGAAGCUUCCAUCCAACAAGCUGAUGUUAUACACGAGUGUUUGGGGAAGUUUUGUGCCAGCUCUGGAAUGAAAAUCAAUGCUAUGAAAACUAAGAUGUUUUUCUCUGAAAAUGUGCAUCAUGUUCGACGUGAAGAAAUCAGCACUAAACUCGGUUUUAGUAGGACUGGUGACCUUGGUCGCUAUCUGGGUGUGCCUCUUCUGCAUAAAAGGGUGGAUAAAAACACAUUCAAAGACACUGUAGAUAAAGUGAAGAAGCGUCUAUCUAACUGGAAAGCAUCUACUCUCUCCCUAGCUGGACGUGCGACACUGAUAGCCUCAGUCAUGAACGCUAUCCCUGGAUAUGUUAUGCAAACAUGUAAUCUUCCCGCUAGUACUCUUGAAACGCUUGACAAGUCCAACCGUGACUUUUUAUGGGGCCACACAGAGAGUUCAAGGAAAACACAUUUAGUGGCAUGGAAAGAUGUUUGCAGACCAAAACAAGAAGGAGGGCUAGGUCUUCGACGAGCGUCUAUCCAGAACCAAGCUUAUGCUAUGAAGAUCGGUUGGGGCUUGAUUAAGAAGCGUGAAGACUUAUGGGUGCGAGUUAUCCGUGAAAAGUACAAGUGUGGGAGUGAUAUUAUCCCCAAGAUUAAGACAAAGAAACCUGGAUCUAACCUUUGGAAGGGCAUUAAAGAUACAUGGGUUCACGUCAAAGAUGGGCUACAGUGGUUCAACAAUAACACCUCUGUGCGUUGGAAAUGGGAUCGAAGUGGCUCCUUUACUAUAAAAUCAGCCUACAAUCUUCUUUCUGGAUCCAGGGGAAGCGAGAAUGAUAAAUGGAAGAAGCUGUGGAAGGUCACGGCACCUCAUAGAUGCAAGACCUUCAUGUGGUUAGCUUCCCAAAACAGAUUACUCACAAACGAGGAGAGAUUCAGGAGAAGUAUGAGUGCGAAUAAUAUUUGCUCGUGGUGCAAUGGCGCAGUUGAAAGUAGUUUGCACGUCCUUCGAGAUUGCACAGAUACAGGACAGCUAUGGGGGUCUGUGAUCAACACUAGAUAUCAAUGGGACUUCUUUAAUCUGCGAACAAUAGAUGAUUGGAUUAGCUGGAACUUGAAACAGGGUAAAAAACCAGAGUUUCAAAUGAACAAUGGAUUAUUCAUGGUUCUAUGCUGGAAUAUCUGGAAAAGAAGGAAUGAACGGAUAUUUGAGGGGAAAAGUCGCUUCAAUGAAUGUAUUAUUGCCCAGGCGAAGGGCAUGAUGAGUUGUUUGGAGAGGGUUCAAACAAAGACAAGUUCCAUUAAUUGGCACAAAAAUGGGAUUCAGAACUGUGACCUACGAUGGAAACCUCCAGAGACAAGUUGGGUGUCACUCUGUGUUGAUGGUGCUUUCUCGAUGACGCAACAGACUCGUGGGUGUGGCGGUCUGCUGAGGAACUCGGCUGGGCAAUUUAUCACAGGGUUUAGCUUACAUUUAGAUGAAGGUGACCACUUAUCAGCAGAGCUGUGGGCUAUUUUAAUAGGCUUAAAGAUUGCUUGGGAUGCUGGAGUUAGGAAAAUCGUGGUGGAGUCUGAUUCAGCAGAAGCCAUAUCAUUGACAGAGGUUACCAACUAUUCUAUACAUCCUGACUAUCAUAUAAUUAUGGAAAUUCAAAGCAUGAUCCACCGAGCAUGGGAGAUUAGAAUUUGUCAAAUUUCUCGUGAUGCAAAUGUUGCUGCAGAUCAUUUGGCGAAACAAGCUCUUGAUGCGUGGCCUGAAUUGCACAUUCUUAGCUUUCCCACGGAGAGUCUUAGACGUUGCAUGGAUAGCACUUGUACUGUAAAUGAGUCUAGAGUUUAG